AUGUCAUCAAUAUGGACUGCAGGAUCAUCUGAUGGAUAUAGAAUUGGCAGAGAUCGAGAUGACAACGACCCGCAUCCCAUAUUCGUUCCACCUGGUGCUUUCAUUAAAACUCUUUCUGCAUCUUGGAAAAGCGGUUGUUAUGUUACCAGCCAGAAUGAGUUUUAUUCAUGGGGAUCAGGUCAAUCGUGGAGAUUAGGUACUGGCAAUCGAAGUGACAGUCCUUAUCCUCAAUUAGUUUCUACUUUUCCAGAAUUUAAUUUUCAACAAAUUGUUUCAGGCGAUAAAUUUUCAGCAGCAUUAAGCGAAGAUGGAUCAGUUCUUGUUUGGGGUGCAGGAUAUGCGCAUUCUCCUACAAAAUUAAAACUCGAAGAUACAGUUAAACACAUAGCUGCAGGGCAAACGCAAUUAAUGUGCGCUCUUUCAGAUGGAAGAGUUGCCAUCGCAAACAGGCACAAGCAAGUUCAAUAUAUACGAGUUCCUGAUAAUAAUAUCGUAAAAGUUGCAAUUGGAACAUCACAUUACUUAGCUCUCUCAGAAGAUGGCGUUGCUUAUUCAUGGGGUGGCGAAUCUCCAGCGACAGGGCAGCCAAAAGAGACAUUAACUCCUACGCAAGUUCCAAAUCUACCAACUUCAAUACAAAGCGUUUUCGCUUAUCACAAUAAUUCAUGGUUUGUCGAUAUAGACGGUUCUGUUUACUGCUGCGGCGCAAAUACAGAUGGUUCCCUCGGAAUCGGAAAUACAUCUUCAGUCAGAAACGUUUUACGACAUCCCUACAACUUCGGCGGCAGCCCUGUAAUACAGAUAAGCUGUGGCGACGACUUUACACUCGUUCUGAACCUCAAAGGACAAGUUUUUGCUGCUGGAAACCCUGCAGAUGGAAGAACUAUGGUUACGAACCCAAAUAACUCAUCAGAAUUCCAGGAAUGCACUAAAAUGGUCGGCCACAAUGUCACACAGAUCUCAUGUGGCUGCUAUUCCUCAGCUUUGUUAGUUGAUGGCGCAUUACCUUUAGAUUUCGGUGAUGUACUCAUCAGAAACUUCAGAGAGUUCAGGAUGCAGUCAUCAGAAAUCAAUGUUACAGACUAUGAAGGUAAAAGAUUCACUCUAACUUCAGGAGAAGAAGAAUUAACAAAUUUUGGUUUACAAAUAGGCGAUAUUUUAUUUGAUCGUACAGUCCAAGGUGAUGAAGAUAAGCACUGCAUGGUUAUUGGUACGUUCGAAGGCUUCCCAGUCGUAAUUCGAGAAGAAGAUUGCAAAAUUUAUCCUCUUAAGGGCAUAACUUUCGAUGAUGUGUUAGAAAGAUUUGAUCUCCUUGAAAGAGAGAACAGUGAAUUGGCAUUUGCAGACUCAACAAAAGGAUAUCGAAUUUCAGUCGAUCAAAGUGACAGCGCGAUGACUCCAUUCAACGGUUUAAAGGUCGGAGAUAUCAUUAACGAUGGUUCGGUCAUCAGUGGUGCAAGAGGUUUCCAUUUAUUCGCAGAAAAAGACAAAAUCUUCCAUGAAAUUACUUUUUCGGAAAUUAUUUCCGUAUCGAGAGAAAAUAAUCUCAUAGAGAAAUACUCUUUAUUUGAUGGUCGUGAAUGCUUCGUAAAAACAGCUUCUGAAAAAGGAACGAUUAUUUUCGAUUCAAAUAUUGGAGCUGUCGAAUUUGUUGGACAAUUAGCGGAAACAGAUUGUUUCAGCAGUCCAGGAGACUUUGGACUACUUAGAACCAAACUUUCCGGAUAUGUUGCACGAACAAACAAAGAAGGAAUGACAAGACAAUUGUUUUUAGAAACAAUGGAACAUGUCAUUGUAAAUAUUUCAUUAAACGAAACAAUGAAAUUAGGUUUCGCAUGUUUUGAUGUUGUUGAAACAAAGGAGAAUAGUUUGGCAACUGUUCUAGGAACAAAGAAUGAUAAAGUCGCAAUCAGAUUGGAGAAAAUCAAAAACAAUUUCGGAUGCAUUAAAUUGGUCGAUAAAAGUGAAGUGACACUUAUUGGACGUAUUAACUGUCCUGGAGAGCGAAUCAUUGAUGAUGUCAGGUAUUCAGUUAAUACACAAGAUUUCAAGGAAUGCAAAGUUCUUCCAAGUGAUGUUUUGGAGCUAGAAAAUGGUGAUGAAGUGAUUGUUGUUGGAGCAAUAAAAGGAAAGGCUUUUGUCAUGAAAAAUGAUGAAAAACCAUUUGCUCUUGAGAAAUAUAAGAGAUUGGUAAGAAGAAAUCUUCCUGUUUUAGGUGUUUCUUUGAUACAAAACUACAGAGUUUUGGUUAGUUACUAUUCUUUAGGUUUCUCUCGUUACUAUCCUGGAUCAAUUGUAACUAAGAGAGGAAAGAAAUAUAAAUUCUUAGGUGUAAGAGAUAGUAAGGAUAGAGAAACUUUGUUCCUUGAUAUGGAAACUCAAGAAAUUCUUCAUAUUGAUUCUGUUUCUUUAGAUUUAGCAUUUUAA